AUGUACUUUGCACAUUUUUCUUUCCUUACCUUCAAGGAGGCAUCCAACUGCCGCACAAGUUCAGGCCAAUGGAAGAAAAGAGCAGCGAAAUUGAAUGAAACCCAAAAGCAAGAAAUUAAAGAGGGCUUUGAUUUAUUCGAUGUUGAUGGGUCUGGAACCAGAGAUGUGAAAGAAUUGAAGAUUGCAAUGUGGGCCUUAGGAUUUGAACCAAAGAAAGAAGAAAUUUUUUAAAUGAUAGCUGAAAUUGACAAAGAAGGAAUCGGCACCAUUAGUUGUUUUUUUUUUUUUUUUUGCGUUGUUUCUGUUUUUAAGAGUGAAAAAGAUGAAAAAGAAGAAAUAUUGAAGGCUUUCAAAUUAUUUGAUGAUGAUAAUACAGGAAGUAUAUCACUAAACAAUAUCAAGAGGGUUGCUAAGGAACUAGGGGAUAAUUUGACAGAUGAUGAAUUACAGGAAGUGCUUGAUGAAGCUGAUCAUGAUGGGGAUGGAGAAAUAAAUGAGGAAGAAUUUUUGAGAAUGAUGCAAAAGAUGACUCUUUAUUAAUACUGUUUUUCAUUCCUUCUGGAAAGUUGUUAACAAGUUCGUAUUUGUUAUAAGUUCCAUAAUAUCUGUAUGUAUUCAUUUUCAGUGUUUAUAUACACAGACUGGUCUUUUGAUAUCUAGUCCAUGUGAGAAGUUACAUGUUUCUACCAAUUUUUUGUUAAAUCUGUAGCAUCAAGAAACAAAGGAAAUGUAGUGACUUCCUUGAACCAUGAAUCUGAGAACAGUAUUAAUUCCAAGUGCUAUUUUUAGAGCCCCAGGCUCCAAAGACUUAGAUUUUUUUUUUUAAUUUAAGGAAAUCAGCCCCACAUCAUAUGCAUUUGACAAGCAAGCCAUUACUUUCCCUGUUACUUUCCUUUUGUGCAACUCUAAAACUGAUGAACAUUUGCUUUUUAACCAAUUAUUCAGAUACGUAAAGCCUUAAAUAAAACCAUCUGGCAACUUCAUUACUUGCUAAUUUUCUUCUUAUAAAGAAAUUCACAGCAGCACUUAUAUCAUCCAGAUUUCCCCAUACAUUUGACCUUGUAAGUUAGCAUUUAUUUAAUACCUGUGUCCUAGGACAGGUGCUAGGGGUUUUACAUAUAUUAUCUCAGUUACUAUUUGGAAGCAGUACUAUUAGCUCCAUCUUACUACAUAUGAGAAAACUAAAGUUCAGAGAAUUUAAAUUUUAAAAUUGCUAAUUUGCCCAUAGAGGAUAAAAUAUGGAUUCUAAAUCUUAUAACCUUACUCUUCAUUAUGUUGCUUCCCUAUGGAUAAAAACUCUUAGGAUAAUUGUGUGUACUUUCUAACUCAUAAAAUUCUAUGACCCUCUUGUAAUUUAAUUUUAUUUGUUUUUUAUGAAAGAGCCAAACUAUGGGGAGUCUUUUGACCCCCUCUGGGCCGCACAAGAAUGGGCCUCGGGCCUGGAACACUGCCUUACCAAGAGAUGGAAUCCUUAACAGCUUACGCUGGACUUGUCACCUUGUCUGUAAUUAUCUUUCCCUAUUUCAGACUCAGUGUGUACUACUUUGUUCUGCUUAAUACAUGUGUCCUAUGGCACCUGGCCAACCCCAGUGCCUAUCUGUCCCCUUUGGGGAGAGGACGGGGUUCUUCUGUUGCACAAGAAGGGGGUGUGUUGGCCAGUUGCCCUGUGUUGGCUUCUGGGAGGGACCUGCUGGCUAUAGGAAACUGACACUCACUAGUGAAGCUGAUCUUGCUCUGUCUCUUCUCUAUUCUAGUAAAGCACUGUUCCAGCCAGUACUUAACUGCAUUGUGUUUUCCUUAGCAACUCUGAUACCAAGAUGCAGUGGGCAGAAGUGCUUCAGGCUUCUGCUCCUGAUAAUAGGUAACAGAUGCCACUUGCUGGACAAAACUCUUCCUAAAAUCAAGUACAUGGUAAUCGUCUUUGGAGCAAGAAAGGCUGGUAGAAAAUGUCGCUU